AUGAACACCCCUCCGAGCUUCUUCAGUGACGCGGUUGAUGUUGCAACACCAACUAACGAUGAAUUCCCCAGCGAUCAUCCUCGGAAACUAGAUCCAGAUUCUUUCCAUUUCACUCCCCCGGAAGACAUUGACUCACCGCCUGGCAUCAUGUCGCAAGAUCCGUCGGCUUACAUGACCGUGUCAAGCGCCUGGGGUCCACUGGUCCCCAAUCCGCUAUCGCUCUACGGCCACAAUUACCACUCGCAAUACGCCACGAAACAAGAAGAUAUUGACGACCGCCCAGUACUGUCGAUUGUCCCGUCUGUGUCAACCUCUCAGUCGAGCGUGAGGGCUGAUUCCAGCAUUUCAAUGCAAACGCAGACAUCCAAGUCGAGUAGGACAACUGAUCCCGCUGAUGCCAGCCCGCCGAGGAAGAAGGGAAGGAAAAGCAAGGCGCCGGCGCAAGGCGAGAAUGACGGAAAACGAGACAAAUUUCUCGAGAGGAACCGGGUUGCGGCAAGCAAGUGUCGGCAGAAGAAGAAGGAGUGGGUUUCUGACUUGCAGGAAACCAAGCAGGGGUUGGAAAACCAACAUGCCCAGCUGCAGAUGGAAUACAAUGGACUGGUGAAUGAGGUUACGCGCAUGAAGAACGAGCUCAUGUCCCACGCCAACUGCAACGACCCAAACAUCAAUCUGUGGCUAGAGAACGAAGCGCGACGCUUUGUUCAAAUCAGCGCAGACCGCGUCAAGAAACAGAGUCUUGACGCCAGCCGGGCGGUUGGCGAUAGGCCACUUGGCAUGGGGGGAAGCUACAUGCCGUCGAUUGACAGCCAAAUGUCUCUAAUUUCUCCCUCGCAUUCUGAGCGCGCCAUGACGACCAUGUCUUCGAGAUCCGGUAGCAGCGCAGACAUCAACUACGACCACAUGCCAGACAGUGCAUUCGAACAGGCGUAG